AUGUACUCGUUGUACUCGUCUAUCAUUCGAAUGUGUUUGGGUGGAAAGUCAAAAGCGUGGACGUCGAUCAAAGAAUGCGAGUAUCUUAUCCGUCUUAUCUCAAGUCUUCAAUCUGACAAUAAUGUUUCGAAUAAUACCAACGACUCGGCUGUAGACAAAAACGGAAAAAAUGGUGCAGAAAAUCCACGGAAAAGUAAUGUAUCUCUGGAGGGUAUCGAAAGAUCUACUUCUGUUUCUCCAGCAGGGGCGAGUGUAGGGAAUGUGCCCGACAUCGCUUUAAGAACAUCACCGCUGCCGUCCUCUCAGAUGAUUAACAUGUCUGCACCUCAACAAUAUAUCUCGCACAGAGGUCCGAUGAAUGGCGAAUCUCCAGCUGAUCCAAGUUCUCACAGUACAUCUCAACGCUCUUAUACUUUCCAAGAAUCAUUGCGCGAGGGAGUCAGCCCCCAAUCGGCUUUACCAAGUCUUUCGAUGAUGGAUCUUGCACAAGCAAAAGAAAAAGCAUUACAAGAUCUUAAUGCAGCUCCUAGAUUCAAUUUACCAGAGCCAAGACAACUAAACGUUGACAUUUUUCCUGAAGCAGAUCCGAUUGAUAUGCACGUACUCAGUGAAUUAGACGCUCGUCAAUUGUUUGAUCAUUAUCAUCAAAAGAUGAAUGGAUUCAUCAUCCUUCUCGACCCUUUUCUUCAUACAGUUGAUUACGUUAGGAGAACGUCUCCUACUUUAUUUUCCACAAUUCUUGCUGUUUCUGCAAAAUUUAUCCGACCAAAGUUGUACGAUUCAUUAUUGAUGCAUGCAAAACAACUCGUCGGCAGAGGAAUAAUUGAUGGAAAAGUUUCGAUUGGACUAGUACAAAGUUUACUCAUUCAAGUUUAUUGGAAAAAGCCAGAUGAUGCGAGUGCUUGGUUACGUGUAGGUGAAGCGAUUCGAAUGGGAUAUCAAUUACACUUACAUCGUCAUCGAACGGAGCCAUUGCCAAAUGACGAAUAUGAAGCCCGUUUGAUUUUAGAUAGGGAACGUACCUGGAUCGAUUUAUGCGCAUUUGAUCAAACUUUCUUUCUUCAAAGUGCGGAGGAAGAGGAUGGUUUUCAUCAAACGUGUAUGGUGCCUUUCUUUAAGAUCAACGUAAAAGAUUGGCUAAAAGAGACAAAACAAUAUGGCGUAGAAGAUGAUUUAGAGCAAGGAGCAAAUUUCGAAUGGAUAAAGAUGCAAAGAUUAAGCCGAGAUAUUCCUCGUGCAAAACCGGGAAACGCUCGCGCCCUCGGUCAGCAUAUUCAAGGUACUCUCGAAGCAGCACAUCAACAAUACCUUGAUCCAAGCUCUCCUGAUGCGUUCGAAAUUGAAACUCGGCCAUGGAUUCGGGUAAAGUAUUGGCUGGCUGCUGCUUCUUUAGCUCUUUCUAGAGGUUUGUUGAUGGCAAUUGGAAUUGAAGGCAAUUUAUUGGCCGAUUGGGUUGUUGCAUCUACAGUUUUUGUUGAUGCAUUGGAAGUUGUGGCUAAACAUGGAUAUAUUCAAUAUUGGCAAGACACACUUGGAAUCACUUUAUACUCUAUGGGCGAAUUUAGUGUGAAAAUAUUCAAUGAUGUUCAUCCUGCAACGCAAAAAGCUAUUGUCGGUUGGCUUGAAAGAAUUUAUCAAGCUUGCGAACUUUGUGCUGAUGGUCAAACGGAUUCUACUGCUGCUUUCAUUUCACGUUUCUUUCAACUUUGCUUGCGGGCCGUUUGCUCUCCUGCACCGAAUGUUCCCGAGACGACUUCUGUUAAUACUCAAAGCGCAGAUCUCUUACAAAAUGCACCGUUGAAUCAAUCUCUUCCCUGGCUUCAUGGGUCACAAACUCCAUCGAACCUUUUUCAUGAUGCUUCUUACUGGGAAGGUAUCUUUCCAGGUGUCGCGACAGAUUGGGGCUGGCUCUUGCAGUCCCUCGAAAAUCAAAUCACGAAUUAG